AUGGAGCUCAAGACUAUUCUCAUUCUCACCGCAAUCUACAUAGCUGUCCGCAUCUUCUUGAAGUCGCGCCAAUCGAGCUCAACCCCCAUCAUGUCGCACGGAAAAGUCCAAGAUAUUGACAACCAAGUCAUCUUCAAAGCCCUCGUCUCCUCCGGUCCCGUCGUCGUCGACUUCUAUGCGACUUGGUGUGGUCCUUGCAAGGCCGUUGCCCCCGUUGUUGGCAAGCUGAGCGAGCAGCAUGAGAAUGUACGUUUCCUCCAGGUGGACGUGGAUAAGCUGCAAAGUGUUGCGCGGGAACUAAGCGUGAAUGCCAUGCCCACCUUUGUGCUGUUCAAGGAUGGUCAGGAAGCGGGCCGUGUUGUUGGCGGCGACAUGAAGAAGCUGGAGGCUGAGAUCCAAAAGAUCUCGGCAUAG